UAAUAAUAUGUCAAAAUUCUACCUUAUAGAAUAGAAUAUUUCUACACAAUAAAUACUCUUUUCUGAAAGUAACCCGUUAAGCUAUUUACAUUUUAAGGUUUCAAACCGCAAAAAUGGGGAACCUUAUGGGGUCAUUGAAUGCUCGAAAUGUAAAUCUUAAUAUGGAUGAUAAACCAACUUUUGAUCCUCAAGAAGGUUUCUCUUACGAACGAAAACCUAGAGAAAUGAUCGCCAAAGAGGAGGACCUCAUUUCAGCCAGAAUUCCCCCGAAGUAUAGAGAUUAUUGUGCUCAUCACUUACUAGAAUACCAGGUUUGCCGUUAUAAGAAUGUGCCUCUCAUGUACAAAUGUGCACAUGAAAAGCAUGCCUAUUUGAAUUGUGAACACCAAGAUUAUGUGAUGAGAAUGAAAGAAUUUGAACGUGAGCGCCGCCUCAGAGUUAGAGAAAACCGAUUGAUUGGUGUUGCUUAAUUAUAUGGGAAAUCAUCAUGUGUUUCUAUUGAGUAAAUAUUAUCUGUGCGUCACUUGAACAAGUUUCACAAUAAUGUUACUUUGAAAUAUGUAAUAGCUAUUGCAAUAGAUAAACAAUAAAUAUUAAAUAAAUUUUGAACCUGAAAAA